AGUUAUUAACAGCUGUUUCUCACCUCGCAUGUUUUUCCUUUUUCGUUUUUAUUGUUAUUCAACGCUGGAUUGCACAUGAGUUUCUUUACAAAAGGUGGUCGGUUCUUGAUUACCGGCAUUCUGCCGGGCAUUGGCAUUGACCGCAGCGCCGACGAUGUUGUCGACAAGGAAAGCAAAACCUACAAAUCUUUCCUAGCCGAAAAGAGACCCGAAGAAACCGGCGCAGAGCGACUAAAGCAAAUGUUCACCGUGGAUGAAUUUGGCAGCAUAUCCUCAGAGCUGAACUCCAUAUACCAGGCGGGCUUCCUCGGCUUCCUGGUCGGCGCCAUCUAUGGAGGUGUUACACAAUCGCGAGUUAGCUACAUGAAUUUCAUGGAGAGCAAUCAGGCAACGGCCUUCAAAUCACACUUUGAUGCCAAGAAAAAGCUUCAGGAUCAGUUUACGGUGAAUUUCGCCAAGGGCGGCUUCAAAUGGGGCUGGCGUGUGGGUCUGUUUACCACCUCCUACUUUGGCAUCAUCACCUGCAUAUCUGUUUACCGGGACAAGUCGUCCAUUUACGAGUACCUCGCAGCUGGUUCGCUGACUGGCGCUGUUUACAAAUUCAAUUUGGGUCUGCGGGGUAUGGCGGCAGGAGGCAUCAUCGGUGGAUUUCUGGGCGGGGUGGCUGGUGUGGCGUCUCUGCUGCUGAUGAAGGCGUCGGGCACUUCAAUGGAGGAGGUGCGCUAUUGGCAGUACAAAUGGCGACUGCAGCGAGACGAUAACAUUCAGCAGGCGUUCAAGAAUCAGGCACAAAAGGAUGCUCCCGAAUUGUUUACGGCGCACGAUAGUCGCGUUGGCGACAAGGCUGUAACAUUGGACUCGGUCAAGUGAAUCGCUACUUAAAUGUUUAUUUAGAUCGUGUUUUUUAUUUAUAUUUAAAUAAUAAAUUGCAAUAAUGUCCUUUUAAAGUAUGUUUUAGAGACAAAUACAAUUAAGGAAGCCCAA